CACGAUUCGAUCAAAUGCUUCAUCGAUUGAGCUUUUCCUUUUGGCGAUGUUUCAAUAUACUUUUACCCCACGUUUUUAGUGAAAAUGGAAAACUUUCUUUAUGCCAUCUGGAUUGGUACUGUUAUCUCUUUCAUUUUCACCUUCUUAGUGUUUGCAACUUGUUAUCAUGGGAUUUUCAAACCGGAUUACAGGCCAGGAUAUAAAUCUAUGCCUUUUUUGUGGUUUCCAAUGGUAUACAGCGUCUACAAAAAAUCACAGAGAGCUUUCAUUUUGUCUAAGCAAUAUAAUCUGCAAUGUUUGAGCGGUAUGUGUAAAAUUUUUGAAAAACAAGGAAUUGUUAGUUUUUCUAUUUGUGGAAGAAACUAUGUUUAUCUUUUCACACCAGAAACAGUAGAGGUUCUGCUUACAAGCACCAAAUUAAUUUAUAGAUCAAGUGAUUAUGAUGUUUUAAGGCCCAUGCUUAAAGACGGACUUUUCACCAGUAAUGGGAAUAAAUGGCGGAGUCGCAGAAAAUUACUGACACCAGCAUUUCAUUUUAAAAUUCUCCAUGACUUCGCUCCCCUGAUGCAAGAAGCUUCACGGACAUUCCUAUCCGACAUUGGUUGUUUUAUCGAUGAACCUUGGGUGGAUAUUACUAAAAUCAUGAGACCCUGCACGUUUUACAUGAUGAUGAAAGCAUCGUUAGGUUUCGAUACAGAGAUCAAUGAAGAGGCUAUGGCUACUUUCAAUUGCGCCGAGCAGUUUACGACUUGUUUAGCUGCAAGAUUCGCCAGACCAUGGUUGUUCCCUGAUUUCAUCUUCAAUAAGACAUCUUUUGCUAAAAAAUGUAGAGAAAGUUGUAACCUCGUUCAUAACUACGUCAGAAAGAUAAUUUUGGACAGGAGGAAGUGUGCCAUUAAAGAACGUCUAUCACUAAUCGGCAAAGAAGAACCAUCAGUCUGUACUCAAAAUAGUACAGAGGAAAAUGAAAUAAACUCAUGCGUAAAAAAGAUCAAAAAUAAGUCCUUUUUAGACUUGCUACUAGAACUCCAUUUCAACGAUCCAUCCUUUACAGUUGAAGAUAUCUUAGAUGAAAGUUUAAUUUAUUUUGCAGCUGCCUCUGACGCCUUAGGUAUGAGCAUGUCCUACCUGUUAUAUUGCAUUGGAUUGCAUCAAGACGUUCAGAAAAAAAUCCACAAGGAGUUAGAUGAUAUCUUUCAAAACACAGACAGAGAAGCGACACUUGAGGACAUUAAAUCGAUGAAAUAUCUAGAUUGUGUCAUCAAGGAAACUCAACGACUUUAUGGAGUCCACUUUCUUUCCAGAGAAGCUACUGAGAGUUUUAAAAUUCUGGAUUACACAAUUCCAAAAGGAAGCUGUGUUGUGGUUUUCUUGCAUGUUAUACACAGGCAUCCUGAUUUUUGGAAAGAUCCCGAAAAAUUUGAUCCUUCAAGAUUUUUUCCAGAAAACAGCAGCAGAAGGAAUCCAUACACAUACAUUCCCUUUGCAGCAGGACCAAGGAAUUGUAUAGCAAUGAAGUUUUCCUACCUGAUGUUGAAAAUUGCAAGUUCUACCCUUCUCAGAAAAUUCAAUUUAAAAUCACUUGAUAAUCGAGAUGACCUGUACGAUAUCAACAGACUAGCUUCUGAGGACACGAUCCCUAUUCGGAUCAGUUUCUCUGUACGUGAAAAUGCAGGUGGAUACUAAGUCUCAAUUGAUUGAGUUGAAAGAAAAUUUGUAUAAAACUUUGGAACAUUAUAUUUUUUAACAUGUGAUUUGAUUUUUCUUUUUAAAAUUAUGUACUUCCGUUUUUAAAUAAAGGUGUGAUUGCUGUUCUACUUCUUGGUGUUAAAUAGACGAAAAACCUAAGUCG